CCAGAGCUCCACUCUCGUCUCAGUCAUCGUCCCCUACAGAUCCUACGACAUGGGGUUCCGGGCCAUCCCGCUGCUGCUGCCGCUGCUGGCAGUGCUGACGGACGCACUCAUUCUCCUGCCUCCGGAGACGCCUGGCGUCAAUGACACGGCGCUGAUCAUCGUGCAGGGAGCGGACGUCUACCCGGAGCAGUACCGCGCACUGGGGCUGGCGAUUCAGAGCGCCACGUCCAUCUCGCUGUGGGUGGCCAUCCCGGAGGGGUUCGUGGGCAACUACCCGAACCCGGUGCAGCUGCCCGGCCUGGCAACCGACGCGCUGGCGCAGCUCGCGGACGCCGGGAUGCCGGGGGACGCCCCCGUCUUCCUCUCCGGUCAUAGUCUCGGCGGCAUCGUCGUUCAGGGUUACGCCGAGGAGCAGGCGGACUCGCUGGCCGGCCUGCUCAUUUUCGGCUCGUACCUGACCGACCGGCCGCUGGCCACGUUCCCCAUGCCGGUGCUGCACCUGGUCGGCACACUGGACGGAGGACAGGCGCGGCCCACACGCAUGUCAAAGACCUACUCCGAGCUCGUGGCGCUCCAGGCUGAGGACGACUCGGCCAACCUGCUGAAGCCGGUUAUUCUGCUGGAGGCUGUGAACCACGCGCACUUCUUCAGCGGCGAGAUCCCGCCGACAGUCGCCGCCAACGACAUCCUCUCCGAGCUGGACGCCGACGAGGCCCGGGUGCUGAUCGGCGAGCGCUGCGCCGCCUUCCUGGCCAUGAAGUCUGGCGGUGCCGACGAGGCGUCCCGCCGCCUGCUGGUCGACGAUUACAGCGCGACGGGCGAGUACCUGGCGCCCCUGUACGAGCUUCAGGAGCAGGAAGCCGACAGCGACGACCGCUCGCCCUGGGCUGAGAAGGCGCAGCGGUACAUGUUCAACGUGCUGGACGAGUCGGUGACGGUGGACAUCCAGAGCUACCACAUCGCCAGUCUCAGUGACCUGGAGCACGAGCACAACCAGCUGAACAUCACCGGCGAGCGGUCGGCCGAUCUCUCCAUCUUCUCCUCUGUGGAGUUCCCUCUGGACCCGGUGGACGCUGCGCCGGGGCCCCACGCCAGCUCCGAGCUGGCCGUCAAGAUGGUCUCCCAGGAGCUGCUGGCCGCGAAGUUGCCGGUAGGCCAGUUCGGUGACGUCCGCUCCUGUGCUGAUGUUAAUCAGAUGACGCUGGCGGCGGCGGUGGAGGCGGCGCCGCCGGCGGCUUUCGAGCGGUACCAGCGGCGCGGUCUGCCGGUCACUUACCUGGAGGACCACCAGGCCGGCGCCGGUCCCCUCUGGGUCCAGGAGAGGCUGCGGCUUCACUACAACGAGGACGGUCUCGAGAUCCAGUCGGUCGCCAUCAAGACGGCGCCCGAUUCCAUUUUCUACGGCGGCAGCAACUACUGCAAGCUGCUGUCGCCGACCCGUGCGCUCGAGUACGUGCUCAUUGACAGUCUGAAGGGCACACAGCCCUAGGGUGCGAACUGCUGCUAAUGCCAAUUGCAAAGUGUCAUUGUGCUAUUGCACGUACCACCUCCAGUGCGAUGAUAGGUAUUUUGUAAGAUAAGUUAUUCAUUUGUCAAAGUCAUGGGUCUGUUUUGUAUGUAACAUAUAUAAAAUGCUUUCUAGGAAUAGAUAUGUGCCCAUGUGCCGUCGCUACCAGAGUGUAAUAAACGUCCAAGGAAUGAAUAA